AGGAUUUCACCCCAGUUCCAUAUAAGGCUCCACCGCCUCCAAAACCAGAAAAGAAGUUUCCUCCUUACACUGGAUUUGGUUCCGAAGAGGAUUCUCUGUGCUCCUGUAUGGGUCUGCUUCCUAAGCCUCCACAGAAAGAUCUCAAGAAAUUCAUGCAGAAAGACAGAAGGGGCAUGGAAAGUAACAUACUGCGCUUUCUUGCAAAACUCAUCACAGAUAGUCCUGUUGACAAGGAUCGGAAAUUCAUUAUUUCCUACUUCCUGAGUGAUGACACCAUUUCAGUUUUUGAACAUACCCAGCGAAACACAGGGUUACUUGGUGGGAAGUUCUUGGAAAGAGGCCGCAUUAAGAAGCCUGGGCAGGAGCUCUUUAAGAGUGAGCCAUCUGAAUACUUCACGGCUCAGAAUCUGUUUGUAGGAGCCAGAGUUUGUUUCCAUGGUCACAACUUUCUUUUGGUGGAUGCUGAUGAGUACACGUUCAACUACAUGGAGAAGCAUGCAAAUGAGUUCUCCGUGGCUGAUAUUGGUGUCAUCCUCAAGAAACUGAAGGACAUAGCAGAACCUCGCUCCCAAGAAAUCAGACAGGUGUUUGCAGCCACUGACCCUGAGCACACCAAGGAGAUUGAGUAUGAACCUUUCAGAAAUUCGAUAAUCAGUAUCACGGAUGGAGCGUUUUCAGAUCAUGAAAUUAUGACUCUGGGGCGCUAUUACAGUGUGAGAGAUGAACAUGAAAUGGACCAUCACUUCCUCCUUGCAGUGGCUCAAGAAAAACUGAAGAAAAAUAGCUUUGAGAAUUUUGAACAACUGUCUGCGGUGCUUACAUACAAUGACCGUGAAAAGCGUGGAGUGCUGCCCCAUGAGAUCUGUAGGACUAUUUGCAAGUCCUUCAAGUUGCCAGUGGCUGAUGAUGAUCUGCAUGCUUUACUGACCAUGUAA